UCUUUGAAGUGGGAGAGGGAGGUGGCCAGGGAGGCAGGACUGGAGAGAGGCAGAACCACACGUCUCUGCACCAGCGCCUCCCUGAAGGCACACCUGGAGUCUGCCCUUAGCUCACACCCUUUUCUCCGGAGGACAACCUGCUGACCCUGGGCCAGGAUGGAUGGUGGACAGCAGCAUUCACGCUGGGCCUGGUCUUUGCUGGCCAUGGCAGUUGUGGCUGGGGGUGCAGCAUCUACCCAAGCCUCGGACAACAGCCCCACGUCCAACAGCCUGGAGGGGGGUGCUGACGCCACUGCCUACUGGUGGGGGGAGUGGACCAAGUGGACAGCGUGUUCCCGCAGCUGCGGGGGUGGGGUGACAUCGCAGGAGCGGCACUGCCUGCAACAGAGAAGGAAGUCGGUCCCAGGAGCAGGCAACAGGACCUGCACAGGCACAUCCAAGCGGUACCAGCUCUGCAGAGUGCAGGAGUGUCCGCCGGAUGGGAGGAGCUUCCGCGAGGAACAGUGCGUCUCCUUCAACUCCCGCAUUUACGACGGGCGGGCCUACCAGUGGAAGCCCCUGUACCCUGAUGACUACGUCCACAUUUCCAGCAAGCCGUGUGACCUGCAUUGCACCACCGUAGAUGGCCAGCGGCAGCUCAUGGUGCCCGCCCGCGAUGGCACGUCCUGCAAGCUCACAGACCUGCGUGGGGUUUGCGUGUCUGGAAAAUGUGAGCCCAUCGGCUGUGACGGGGUGCUUUUCUCCACCCACACGCUGGACAAGUGUGGCGUCUGCCAGGGGGAUGGGAGCAGCUGCACCCAUGUUACGGGCAACUACCGCAAGGGUAACAGUCACCUCGGUUACUCUCUGGUGACCCACAUUCCAGCCGGUGCACGAGACAUCCAGAUUGUAGAGAGGAAGAAGUCGGCUGAUGUGCUGGCUCUUGCAGAUGAAGCUGGCUUCUACUUCUUCAACGGUAACUACAAGGUGGACAGCCCUAAGAACUUCAACAUUGCUGGCACCGUGGUCAAGUACCGGCGGCCCAUGGACGUGUACGAGACCGGUAUUGAGUACAUCGUGGCGCAGGGGCCCACCAACCAGGGCCUGAAUGUCAUGGUGUGGAACCAAAAUGGCAAGAGCCCUUCCAUCACCUUCGAGUACACGCUGCUGCAGCCGCCACAUGCACACCGCCUGCAGCCCAUCUACUACAGCUUCUCCGAGCCUGCCUCCGAGAGCGCCGAGAGCCGGGAGCUGGAUGACACCGGGCUGCUGGGCUUUGUGCAGCACAACGGCUCGCUCUAUGGCCAGACUUCUGUAGAGCGGCUGGGCCUGGACAACCGGCUGUUCAGCUCCCAGGACCCUGAGGUGGAGCUGGGACUGAGUAGAGGCCAGGAGACUAACGAGGUGUGCGAGCCAGCCAGUGGUGGGGCCUGUGAGGGGUCCUCCAGGAGCAAGGGCUUCCGAGAUCACAACACCACCAGGGCAGCUCUUUCGGGAGACAAAGAUGACCAAGAGGUAGACACCCGUUUUACCUCCCAAGAGUUCCUUACAGCCAAUACCAUCUCUGACCAGCUCCUGGGCACAGGCUCUGACUCGAAGGAGUUCGCCCUCAAUGAGACAAUGAAUAGCAUCUUUGCCCAGGGCGACCCCAGGAGCUCCCCAGUUGAAAGCCUCUAUGUGGACUACGAGGAGACUGCUGCUUACCUGAUCAAUGGGUCCUACCUGGAGCUGAGCAGCGACAGGGUCACCAACUCCUCCUCUGAGGCCCCCUUCCCCAACGCCAGUGCCAGCCUCCCCACCUUGGCGGGGAACAGGACUCACAAGGCUCGGACCAGGCCCAAGGUGCGCAAGCAAGGUGUGAGUCCAGCCGACAUGUACCGGUGGAAGCUCUCAUCCCACGAACCCUGCAGCGCCACAUGCACCACAG